CGCUCGAAAUGGCUCGUACCAAGCAGACCGCUCGCAAAUCCACCGGUGGCAAGGCGCCCCGCAAACAGUUGGCCACCAAAGCCGCUCGUAAAAGUGCCCCGGCCACUGGAGGAGUCAAGAAACCCCAUCGUUAUCGUCCCGGCACCGUCGCCCUUCGUGAGAUCCGUCGCUACCAAAAGUCGACCGAGCUUCUGAUCCGCAAGUUGCCAUUCCAGCGCUUGGUCAGAGAAAUCGCCCAGGAUUUCAAGACCGACUUGCGUUUCCAGAGCUCGGCCGUCAUGGCCCUUCAGGAGGCCAGCGAGGCUUACUUGGUGGGUCUUUUCGAAGACACCAACCUGUGCGCCAUCCACGCCAAGCGAGUCACCAUCAUGCCAAAAGACAUCCAGCUCGCUCGCCGUAUUCGUGGUGAACGUGCCUGAACGACCUAUUCCCUUUUGACUUACCAAUCGGCCCUUUUCAGGGCCACCAUUUACUAAAGAAAAGAUUAACAAAUAUUGCAUCCUCUCUAUUAUCUGAGAAAAUUAAAAUCCCUUUCGUUCAUGUUCGGCUAAAGAGUUCUGCGCAAUAGUUUAGUUUACAUAUGAUUGUUAGUUACAGUUCUCAAAAAUUCGUUUAUCCUAGGUACUGUUUACAGUACUUCAAAUUACGAAUUAAAGGAAUUAAAUGUACGAUUUAAAAAUCUCGCUCUUUUCUCGUUAAACCUAAACUAUUAAAUGCAACAUUAAGUUAUACUUCAAAAAAUAAUCUCUAGUUACUACACGUCAGAAUACAUCUGAAAAUGGAAAAGAAUGUUUUUAAAAAUCAAACAUGAAAGAUGAAACUUACAAUUUCAAUGUCCACUUCAGUAACUACAAGAAACGAUCACUUGAAUUUUGCAGUUUCUUAUCACCAACUUGCUAUUUCGUGUUUGGCAGUCAAUACAUUGAGAUAUUAAAGGAAAAUUCCAGAUAUUUUCACUGUUAGUUGCACUGUUAAAGUUUUUGUUUUCAAUUCUUAAUCAGUUUACAACUGCACAGAGUUGCCUAAUUGACAAUCUGCUCAUUUUUCGUCACAUCAUGUGCUGUUUCCCACU